AAAAUGCGUACUCACAUGCACUCGCUGGCAUGUAUUUGUAAAGAGUGUCUACACACAAAGCCGUCUAGAGGAAAUACCAAUAUGCAGAUCUUUGUAAAGACAUUGACUGGCAAGACCAUCACUUUAGAAGUGGAGCCCAGCGACACUAUUGAAAAUGUCAAGGCUAAAAUUCAGGACAAGGAGGGAAUUCCUCCAGAUCAACAGCGAUUGAUCUUUGCGGGAAAGCAGCUUGAGGAUGGUCGUACCUUGUCCGACUAUAACAUUCAGAAGGAGUCGACUCUCCACUUGGUUCUCCGUCUCAGAGGAGGAAUGCAGAUCUUCGUUAAAACAUUGACUGGAAAGACCAUCACUCUGGAGGUUGAACCUUCCGAUACUAUUGAGAACGUUAAGGCCAAGAUUCAAGACAAGGAGGGAAUCCCCCCAGACCAACAGCGUCUCAUCUUCGCCGGAAAACAGUUGGAAGAUGGUCGCACCUUGUCCGACUAUAACAUUCAGAAGGAGUCGACUCUCCACUUGGUUCUCCGUCUCAGGGGAGGAAUGCAGAUCUUCGUUAAAACAUUGACUGGGAAGACCAUCACUCUGGAGGUUGAACCUUCCGACACAAUUGAGAACGUUAAGGCCAAGAUUCAAGACAAGGAGGGAAUCCCCCCAGACCAACAGCGUCUCAUCUUCGCCGGAAAACAGUUGGAAGAUGGUCGCACCUUGUCCGACUAUAACAUUCAGAAGGAGUCGACUCUCCACUUGGUUCUCCGUCUCAGGGGAGGAAUGCAGAUCUUCGUUAAAACAUUGACUGGGAAGACCAUCACUCUGGAGGUUGAACCUUCCGACACAAUUGAGAACGUUAAGGCCAAGAUCCAAGACAAGGAGGGAAUCCCCCCAGACCAGCAGCGUCUCAUCUUCGCCGGAAAACAGUUGGAAGAUGGUCGCACCUUGUCCGACUAUAAUAUUCAGAAAGAGUCGACUCUCCACUUGGUUCUCCGUCUCCGAGGAGGAAUGCAGAUCUUUGUGAAGACCCUCACUGGAAAGACCAUUACUCUGGAGGUUGAACCUUCCGACACAAUUGAGAACGUUAAAGCCAAGAUCCAAGACAAGGAGGAUCCCCCGGACCAGCAGCGUUUGAUCUUUGCGGGAAAGCAGCUUGAGGAUGGUCGGACUUUGUCCGACUACAAUAUCCAGAAGGAGUCCACCCUUCAUUUGGUUCUCCGUCUCAGGGGAGGAAUGCAGAUCUUCGUUAAAACAUUGACUGGAAAGACCAUUACUCUGGAGGUUGAACCUUCCGACACAAUUGAGAACGUUAAGGCCAAGAUUCAAGACAAGGAGGGAAUCCCCCCAGACCAGCAGCGUUUGAUCUUUGCGGGAAAGCAGCUUGAGGAUGGUCGUACUUUGUCCGACUAUAACAUUCAGAAGGAGUCGACUCUCCACUUGGUUCUCCGUCUGAGAGGAGGAAUGCAGAUCUUCGUUAAAACAUUGACUGGGAAGACCAUCACUCUGGAGGUUGAACCUUCCGAUACUAUUGAGAACGUUAAGGCCAAGAUUCAAGACAAGGAGGGAAUCCCCCCAGACCAACAGCGUCUCAUCUUCGCCGGAAAACAGUUGGAAGAUGGUCGCACCUUGUCCGACUAUAACAUUCAGAAGGAGUCGACUCUCCACUUGGUUCUCCGUCUCAGGGGAGGAAUGCAGAUCUUCGUUAAAACAUUGACUGGGAAGACCAUCACUCUGGAGGUUGAACCUUCCGACACAAUUGAGAACGUUAAGGCCAAGAUUCAAGACAAGGAGGGAAUCCCCCCAGACCAGCAGCGUUUGAUCUUUGCCGGAAAGCAGUUGGAGGAUGGUCGGACUUUGUCCGACUAUAACAUUCAGAAGGAGUCGACUCUCCACUUGGUUCUCCGUCUCAGGGGAGGAAUGCAGAUCUUCGUUAAAACAUUGACUGGGAAGACCAUCACUCUGGAGGUUGAACCUUCCGACACAAUUGAGAACGUUAAGGCCAAGAUCCAAGACAAGGAGGGAAUCCCCCCAGACCAGCAGCGUCUCAUCUUCGCCGGAAAACAGUUGGAAGAUGGUCGCACCUUGUCCGACUAUAAUAUUCAGAAAGAGUCGACUCUCCACUUGGUUCUCCGUCUCCGAGGAGGAAUGCAGAUCUUUGUGAAGACCCUCACUGGAAAGACCAUUACUCUGGAGGUUGAACCUUCCGACACAAUUGAGAACGUUAAGGCCAAGAUCCAAGACAAGGAGGGAAUCCCCCCAGACCAGCAGCGUUUGAUCUUUGCGGGAAAGCAGCUUGAGGAUGGUCGCACUUUGUCCGACUACAAUAUCCAGAAGGAGUCCACCCUUCAUUUGGUUCUCCGUCUCAGGGGAGGAAUGCAGAUCUUCGUUAAAACAUUGACUGGAAAGACCAUCACUUUGGAAGUGGAACCUAGCGACACUAUUGAAAAUGUCAAGGCUAAAAUUCAGGACAAGGAGGGAAUUCCUCCAGAUCAGCAGCGUCUCAUCUUCGCCGGAAAACAGUUGGAAGAUGGUCGCACCUUGUCCGACUACAAUAUCCAGAAGGAGUCGACUCUCCACUUGGUUCUGCGUCUGCGGGGUGGCUGCCAGUCUUAGUUUAAGUUGUGAAUCUUAAUAAAUGCAAGGCGUGAAAUAAUUUAUCCGAGAAACUUAAUAAUUAACUGAAUGGAAACAGAGUUUUGCCAUAUUUGCAUCUUCUCCAAAAUUUCACCUCAAGAAAUAAAUUCAAAAUUACAGUUCUAAGCAUUGGGCCGAUUAAAUUAACUGCUGCUUCUUCUGGCUUGAUUAAAAUUCCACAUACAAUAAAAUAGAUUGUUAACCAAUUCAA